GGAGAUCCGGCGUAUUCCCUUGCCUGCUUAAAUUUGGGUUGAGUCUCACAGCAUCCUCAUUCAGGUGGAACUGCGAGAGACUCAGUAGUACAGAGCAGAACAGAGUUUUUGUCAAGGAAGUUUACAACCAGAAUUUCUUUUAAACUUUUUCAACUUUCAAAAGUUCUGACCAUAUAUAUAUUUUUGUGGGACAGCGUAUUUCUCUUUCGCGUUUAGGCUUUAUAAAAUAUUGUUUUCGGCCUUGGGACAAUGGCAAACUCAGGAAUACAGCUCCUUGGCUUUACGCUGGCUUUCAUAGGCUUCAUUGGGUUGAUAGCAUCCACAGCCAUGCCCGAGUGGAAAGCCUCUUCGUUCUCGGGGGACAACAUUGUGACAGCGGUAGCGAUGUACGAAGGGCUCUGGAUGUCGUGUGUUUCUCAGAGUACCGGGCAGAUACAAUGUAAAGCGUUCGACUCUCUCCUCGAGCUUCCGACGGAAACUCAAGCCACCAGAGCCCUGAUGAUCGUGGGCAUCGUCCUGUCGUUUAUCUCCGUAAUGGUGGCCAUGGUGGGCAUGCAGUGCACCACCUGCCUAGAGAACGACGCGCAGCAGAAGGCCAAAGUGGCCUUGGCCGGAGGCAUCUGCUUCAUCAUCGCAGGUCUCGCCGCUCUGGUAGCAACCUCCUGGUAUGGGAACAGAAUUACUGCUAAUUUCUACAACCCCUUCACACCAACAAAUGGCAGGUACGAGUUUGGGAAUGCCCUGUUCGUGGGCUGGGGUGCAGCCGCCCUCUCAAUUCUGGGAGGUGCCUUCCUGUGCUGUAACUGCAUGGGGGGCUCGUCGGGACCGGCACGGAACUACCCAAAGACGGCCAGCAGACCAGGGAAAGACUAUGUGUAAAGAUGAAAGGUACACUAGUGGACGUGACCACUAUUCCUAGCCCUGCAGCUGCAGCCGGAGCUCGAAGAGGGUGUCUAGUAGCAGAGUGUCUGGUCUGCUUGUUUAUAUUGUAAUGCUUUGCUUGAAGUGGGUCAAAUAAUGGCCAUAAGCCUGUCGUAAAAAUACAUAAAUGACGUGAACAGCUUAUAUCAUUUAACAAAAGGUUGGAAAGAAUGUUAUGGGAAGUACUGCAUUGUUCCAAUAAUGCCAUGAAACUAUUUGUUGUACACUAUAUGGCCAAAAGUAUCUGGACACCCCUUGGUCUGGGGCUGUUUUUCAUGGUUUUGGCUAAGCCCCUUAGUUCCAGUAAAGGCAAAUCUUAAUGCUACAGCAAACCAUCACAUUCUAGAUGAUUCUGUGCUUCCCCAACAGCAUGGGGAAGUCCCAUUCCUGUUUCAGCAUGACAAUGUCCCUGGGCACACAGCGAGGUGCAUAUAGAAGGUCCAUAUGGUUUUGUCAAGAAUGGUGUGGAAGAACUUGACUGGCCCUCACAGAACCCUGACCUCAAACCCAUAUCAAACAUCUUUGGGAUCAAUUAGAAAGCUAACUGUGAGCCAGGCCUAAUCACCCAAUCAUUGUCCGGCCUUACUAAUGCUCUUCUGGCUGAAUGGAAGCAAAUCCCUGCAGCAAUGCUCCAACAUCUAGUAUAAAGCCUUCCCAGAAGAGUUGAGGUUGUUAUAGCAGCAAAGGGUGGACCAACUCCAUAUUAAUACCCAUAAUUUUGGAUGAGAUGUUGAAUGUCAGGUGUCCACAUACUUUUGGUUAUGUUUUUUAUAAGCUGGUUGAAAUGUGCAUGUAUCCUUAUGACAAUUGUUAUGAUGCCACUGAGAUUUUUUAAUUUUUAUUGAGAUUUUAUGGAUGCAAUGCAAGUACUUCAAAAAUAGCAUCAUUAUUAGUUUUUUUGGCUAAUGCAUCCUGUUAAACUUUCCAUUCAAAUAUACUUUCAGAAUCAUUCAUCUCAUUUUUUUGUAAAUAGUAAAAAGGUUCAAGAUAUAUAGAUAUAUAUAUAUAGUGCACCAACAAAAACACAUAGUCCAUUGGCAUGUGUUCUACUUUUUCAUUUAAGCUGAAAUAUCCCACCCUUUUCUUUAAUCAAACAGUUUUCACCAUAGGACCCCGUAGGUUCAUAAAGCAAACUAAAAUAAUAUUAUUUGGCAAUAAAGUUUAUUCGAAAGAGAUUUUUGAGUUUUUGCAAAGGAUCAAUAUACUACACAAUAAGGUUGGCAUUAAUUCAUUCUGAUCCUCUGAAUACUUUCAGUUGACAAGGAAAAGUGAAGAAUGAACUAAUAAUAAGACAUCUAUGGCCAUUAUUAGGUGCUCUUGAACAUGAAUUGGUAAUGCCACAGGGUUUUUAUUACAUUUUAAAUGUUUAUAUGUAUAUUUUUGAAGUUAUUUUUGCAGUAUUGUAUGAUGUAAUUUGUUGUUACUAACUUGUGUAAUUCAGUACUUGAAUCAAAAUUAAUCCCAUCAUGUUUUCUGUUGAAACCAAAAUGUAAUUGUGAUGGGGUCAGAUUUGAGAUUUCACUGCCUUUUUGUUUUGAUUUUGUUACAUAGCCUUGCAUUUUUUUGUACAUUCUGAAAAAAUAUGAAACAAUAUUUGUAAUGAACACAACUGUAAAAAAAUAAAUAAAAAAGAGAAACAUA